GUUCAAGCCGCGGCCAUGCAGUAUGCUCAGUUCCGUCUAAGCCUGAGCAUAGUUGCCCAAGCUCCCGUCGUCUAUAUGCCACAGCAUUCCUUCUCCACCAAAGCACUCAUGGUGGAUCUAGGCUGCGUCACCUUUUGCAACCAUUUCGAGUUUAUCGCUUCCGAUCAAGGCCUCGAAGAUGCCGUUGGUCCGAUUCCAGACCCAGGAAUAAUGUUAGAACGUACAGAAAUUCGCCUGGAGAACUUACGCCUCAGCCGGUAG